AUGGGCUGUGUUCAAAGCUUCAGGGACAUGUGUGACCGUGAAAAAAAUACCAAUGUCCGUCUAAGUCUUCCAGCAGUUUGCUUCGUGUGGCAAAUAGCCAUGAUCAUCUUAUUUGGGGUUUUUAUUCGAUACAACGAAGAAUCAGAUACACACUGGGUAGAGCACAGAAAAUAUAACAAUAUAUCGAGUGAUAUAGAGAACGACUUCUACUUCAGAUAUCCAAGUUUCCAGGACGUCCAUGUGAUGAUCUUUGUUGGAUUUGGCUUCCUGAUGACAUUUCUAAAGCGAUACAGCUUUGGAGCCGUGGGUUUCAACUUCCUCAUCGCAGCCUUCGGCCUUCAGUGGGCACUACUGAUGCAAGGCUGGUUCCACGCCCUGGACUACACUGAUGGAAAGAUCAAAAUUGGAGUCGAAAACCUGAUUAAUGCUGACUUCUGUGUGGCCGGCUGUUUAAUCGCUUACGGUGCAGUGCUUGGUAAAGUCAGUCCAGUCCAGCUGAUGGUUCUGACUCUGUUUGGGAUCACAUUGUUUGCAGUGGAGGAAUAUAUUAUCUUAGAUCUCAUACAUGCUAGAGAUGCCGGAGGCUCCAUGGUGAUCCACACAUUUGGAGGUUAUUACGGUCUUUCCAUCUCGUGGAUGCUCUAUCGGCCAAACCUGGACCAGAGCAGUCGUCUCCAGGGCUCCGUCUACCACUCAGAUGUCUUUGCAAUGAUUGGCACUCUUUUCCUGUGGAUGUUCUGGCCAAGCUUUAACUCAGCCAUCACCGACCACGGUGACGGGCAGCACAGAGCAGCUAUCAACACAUACCUCGCUUUGGCUGCCACUGUGCUCACCACUGUGGCCAUCUCCAGUCUGUUUCAGAAGCAUGGGAAACUGGAUAUGGUUCACAUCCAAAACUCCACUCUUGCUGGAGGUGUUGCAGUGGGAACUGCAGCAGAGUUUAUGCUGAUGCCCUAUGGGUCUCUGAUUGUAGGAUUCUGCUGUGGCAUCAUUUCCACGCUGGGCUAUAUCUACCUCACGCCAUUCAUGGAGAAACACUUGAAGAUCCAGGACACGUGUGGGAUCCAUAACCUGCACGCCAUGCCAGGGGUCAUAGGUGGCAUUGUGGGAGCCAUCACUGCUGCAGCUGCAUCAGAGACAGUUUAUGGAGCAGAAGGGCUGGCAAACACCUUCGACUUUGAGGGUGAUUUCAAAAACACAGAUCCCACCCGGCAGGGUGGUCUCCAGGCUGCAGGUCUCUGUGUAGCCAUCUGCUUUGGUGUAGGGGGAGGCAUCAUUGUAGGAUGUAUUUUAAGGUUACCUAUCUGGGGAGAUCCUGCAGAUGACAACUGUUUUGAUGAUGAGCCCUACUGGGAGCUUCCUGAUGAUGAGGAGAGCAUUCCUCCGAUCCUUCAGUACAACAACCACAUGCAGAACAAAGAAAUGGCUGAGUCAAAUUUCACCAUGGAUCAGAACUGA